CUUUUGCUGAAUAGAUGAAGACUGUUGUGCCACUGGAGAGCCCAAACUAUCAGUGCCUGUCAUCGCCAUCGCCAUGGGAAGAGGGCUGCAAAGUGUCUUCUUGCUUGUUUUCGUCACUUUCCAAGAGGCGUCCAGCUUAAAGAUUCAGAAUAAGCUGCUGGGUAAAUGUCUGCAGGUGCAGGAAGGAACUUUUGGGGGGAGAGUAUCUCUGGGUGAUUGCACCCCGUAUUCGGGCCUACAGGAAUGGCGUUGGCUCCCAGAGACCAAGGCUCUCAGCAAUGACCACACUGGGGAAUGUCUGACUGCACCGGGAGAGCAGUAUGAAGGUGUCCACCUGCAGCCCUGCAUCUUGCAGGAUGAAAGUGAUGAGACUGGUGACGGAGUGGAUAUAGGCAGAGAGGCAAGCAACCAGGCAUGGUCCUGUUCCAAGAAGGGCCACCUCAGUUUGAUAGGAAGGGGGCUGCACCUUAGUGCAACACAACAGUCCACUUUGGUCUUCCUUUCGAGGGAACAUAAGCAGCCUGGCAGCAGGUGGCGGACACUUGACAACCACACACUGUGCAAUGGGAGGGACAGCAAACAUAACCAACACCAACCUCACAACAAUCUGGGGAAAUCGUUGGAACCUUUUCCAAGUGCCACCUCAGAUAUUCACAGACAGGCUGAACCAUUUGAAGGUAUAUUGGAUGCAGAGGUAACAGAAACAUAUUCUGUAAUAGGUGUGCCUCUUUCAACUAUGAGCACCAAAUCCCCUGCCGACCCCACCAUGAUUUUCUUCAGUAUGGACUAUGGGAUGGGCUGGAAGAUAACCAUGCUGGUACUAAGCUCUUUGGCUCUCGUCCUGGGGACUGUGAUUCUUAUCCUCAAUGUUUACUCCAAUAGAAGGAAGAAGGUGGUGUGUGUUUUAAAGUCAUACACUCCGAGGUCAGAGGUGAGUGUUCCUGGGUCCCCGGUGCCCAGCGAGAGGGCUCCGCUGACAGAGCAUGCCAUGCGCCUCCCCCACUCCUCCCCCACUUUACAACGCGGAGAAAUCCUGAUUGAGUGGAAAGAUGGCACUGUUACUCCACUGUACGAGGCCUGAAGAUUGUUCUCUAUGUUUGGACGUGGGUGCACACAUAGUUUUCUUGUACAAGGUUAUGUUUGUUAUCUUCUGAAUGUGUCUGAAGGGGAGAGAAAUGAGAACAACAAAAAGCAAAAUAAGGUUAAGAUUUUUUGUGUCAUGCCAUCAAUAUGAUACUAAUAUGAAACUUUGGUGUACUCUACACUAUUUUAAACAAUAAGACUUGGGUCUACUUGGCACGUAGAUCAAAGGUGUAGUGAAGCUGGCAGAAGAGUAUAACAUUUAUAUGAGUUGGACUUAAGGUUUUCAAAAAUCCAGAUAUGAGGGAUUGCUUUUUUGGAUGAAAGGACUAUAAUAUUAAUGUUUAAGCAUUAAGCCAUUGUUUAUAGGCUUACUAUGAGCACAUUUCAAGGGCUCAACAAAGUAACCGAUAGCUUAGGCCUUUAUUUAGGUAAAUACUUAGGAAACUAAUCUUUGUUUGUCUAGGGCUAAACUAUAUGAAGGUCUGGGGCUUAUUCCAUAAGGUGAGUUUACCAAACUUACUUAUUUUCAGUUAUUCACACUGCUGCUGAUUCAAUUCCAUAAAGAUUUUUUUUCCAUCUAAAGUUGUAACUGAGCUUGAGCUAUGUUGAAUUUGUUUUAUUGAACCAUAUCAAAUAAAAAGGAUUUGUCAGAUUAAACUGGCUUUAUGAAGCAGUCCCAGUUUGUCUGACGAUGUCGGGCUGUAGCUCACGUGUCACUUUACAUCUAAGCUUGACUUUUAUGUCAUUUCAUUUAAAAUGUCUCCAGGCAAUAUUUGAAACAGCUGUCAUUAAACAGUGUUCCUAACAACAUAUAAAGACACACCUAGGCUACCUGGUCACACCCUUAAUAUUAGGAUUAACAGGCUACGUUAGGGAAAUAUAAUUACAGUUGUGUUGCAACUUUGUUGUGUUACGUUUUAAGGCACACUGUGUGAUAGAAAGUUGUUUUCGGAACAUAAUUCAGUUUUUAACUUGUACUUUGUAUUAAAACUAUGUAGAGUAGUUAAGAUAUUUCAGAAGAGAAUCUUAACCUAGUUUACAUAAUAAUUCAGUACUGUUAAUGCACUUUGCUUUGAUUCUGACAUUACAGAAACAUUUAUUACUUUGAGUUGUAAAUAGAGAGUGUGCUUAGAAUAUUGACUUGAGCUUGACAUUUCUCAUUCUUGACCUUAGAAACACGCUUGGCAAUGCAAUCUCCACUCCAAGACCACUUGAGCCUUCACAGCCUUCAUGUACGGAUGAAGUCUGCUCAAUCGUUACUGAACCAUAGAGGUUUAAAGUUUGCAUUAUUCUGAGCAUUUUGGGAGGAAGUUAAAUGUGAAGAUUGUAUGAUAUAGGUGAAACUUCCAGAACCAGCUUUUGAAUUAAAUGUUUUGUUAACUAUCAUUAAAUGAUUGCAUUUUUAUGCGUUUUAACAUUGAAAAAAAGGUAUUUUUAUACUGUUAGGAAGCUAAUAAAUGCUUUAUCUAAAUGUAUUAACUGACUUGUACUGUUUUUAUGACAACAUGUUAACAUGCUGU